UGCACAUUUGCUCCAUGUUAUCGUUAAUCGUAUCGCGCGUUGUCAGCAAACGGCAUUUCUUUCGUUCAUGCAAUUACAUUUGCCCUUUCUCGCAAACAUCCUCUCGGAUGUAACAUUUUAGUAAAGUCAUGUCGUAAAUGUUCCAUUGUUAACGUUGAUGUUAUUAAUAUUUCAGAUGAUCAAUUUUUGAUAGAAAUUGCAUUUGUCCUUUAACUGAAAAUACAGUACAGUCCCAUACAAUACAGACUUACAAGGGAUGUUCUAAAUAUGUCCUAUGGAUAAGAAAACGUUCCAAGGAUGCUUCCAAGAUAUCCCUCAGAUGAAGUGUGCUCAAUGUUUGAGUAUAUUGACAAAGGACGAAGCAACAGGCAAAAAAAGAUCUGGCACAGCCGGGACAACUGGUACUUCUGGUACGCUUGCAUCUGGUGUACCUGGAACGCCUGGUGCUGUAUCUGUUGUACCUGGAGUGUUGACAGCUGGUGGUUUGACAGUGGAUAAAGUUGAAGGCUGUGCAGAAAUGGAGCAAGCUACUAUGAAAUUCAUAGAUGUGGCUAGGCAGAUGGAGGCUUUCUUUUUACAAAAGAGAUUUCUGUUAUCUGUACUGAAACCCGAGUUGUUGGUCAAGGAAGAAAUCACUGAGUUGAGACUAGAAUUGGCACGCAAAGAAGAGCUGAUAAAAAAACAUAACGAAAAGAUUGCUAUUUGGCAGAACAUGCUGUCGGAUUUACAAGGAUGGGCACAAUCACCUGCUCAAGGUCCAGCACCCAGUGGUUUACCUAAUGGAAAUCAAAGUGGACAAAACCAACAGACUACAAAUGGAGGUGGUAAUGCUUCAAUACAACAGCAACAGCAGUUAUUGCAACAUCAGCAACAACUGUUACAACAACAGCAACAACAGCAGCAGCAGCAGCAGCAGCAGCAGCAUCCACAAUUACAGCAACAAUUACAGCAGCAAAUGCAACAUCCAUUGCAACAACAGGUACAACAGGGUUCUGGUGGCCCGCCGACGUCAGGUCUUCAAGGUGUCGGUGUGCCGGUCAGUCAACAGGGCAUGUUCAUGGCGCAAGGCGGUGUGGGUGGCAGGACCGCCGGGUUCCCAGUUGGCGGUAUGGGCAGUAGUGCUCUGCAAGGGCCGUUGGCCUACCUGGAAAAGACAACGAGCAACAUAGGGAUGCCAGAGAGGCGGAGUUGACGCGGAAGGGGGAGGGGCCGGGGCCGGGGUCGUGGAAGAGGCCGAGGUAGAGGAAGAGGCGGCGGUGGCAGUGGCCUACCGCCGCCGCCACCGCUUCUCGAUCCCUCAGACCCGUCGUCCUAUGUUGCUGCUGCCGCAGUCGCAGCUGCUGCGGCGCCCCUUCCCUCUCCGCAACAGCAGCCUCCUCCGCCUUGCACAUGAAUGUAAUAUGUGCGGCACUCUUCUAAAGAAACAGAGACUAUGUUUGUACUUCCUGAGAGUAGAUAGAGUAUACUUGGUUGUCAUGAGUGUUAUGUUUGACGUUAGAUUGUUGACUUGAAUACGUUGUAUCAGUUGGUGACGAUGGUGAUAGUUGAAGCACAAUUCUGAUAUAUGUUAUUGUUAUAUUGUGAAGAAUAAUGUGUACAAAUACAUUGUAUAAUUUACGAGCUUACUGAGGUCUGAAUGGGAAACGUGUUUUAACAGUGCCAGUUUUAUUGUGAUCUUUUGGAUUAACGUUACGACUAUGUGAACAUUUUUUCGCAUUUCUCCUGAAAUUAUUCUGGAUGUAAAAGAUGGACUUUUUUUUAUUAUUUAUACUAGUCCCAAAAAUUAUAAAACGGGGGCGAGCUUACGUGGAACGCGUAAAAUUGCGACAUAGAGUAAGAAAAGUAUGAUAAAUACUUCGUAAUAGAAAUGGCAAUAAGAGAAUUGUAUAUAAACGAGAGCAUGUGUGAGCAACAUGAUACUACUUUUACUACACAUAGGGAUAAGGAUAUCUUCUUAUUUCUUUAUAUUACAUAGUUCAUAAUAUUGAUUCUCCAAAGUUGUCGACAUUUUUGUAAUAAACUGCGUUUAUCGCUUUUGCAGUGCCUUUGGACUUCUAUCAAAUGUACUGUUUGUGCGAUAUCAAUAAAAUGUACAUUAUCUAGUGUACUGUGCAAAAUCAGAA